AUGUUUACUUAUAGUAAUGCAUCUUUAAUACCACCGAAUCCGUAUGAACAACAAUUUCACCAUCAAACUUUAUCUCCAACAAAUUCAAUCAACAAUGCUCACUACAAAUCAACACCGAACGUCGCCUUUUCUUCUGAUAAUCAGGCGGAUCAACGUCGUUUAUCCGACACCCCAUUACUUCGUUUACCCAAUUACAACAUACAUUAUCCAGACGAAUUCGGUGGGAGUGAAUCGUGCAUGUUAAAGCAAAAGAAUUCUUCUCUAUCCAUGCUUCUGGAUUCGACAAGUUCGAUGAUGCGUACGGCUUCCACCACAUUUCAAUGUCUUUUUGGGUCUGUACGACGAGCUUCAUACUGCGGUGAACCCGAUCCAACCAUUCAACUGUCGGCAACUGGCAACAGUGGCUCACUCUAUUUGUUUCCAGGAGCUGCCAAUUCCAACGAUUCAUCAAUAUCAAAUAUAUCGUACGAAGAACAAAAACGUACAGUAACUAUUUACGAUGGGCGCGUACCGUCAGCGCCGUCAGCACCAACGAUUCCGUUUGAUUUGAUGACUCCUAUCGAUGCAAUCACUCAAACAGUCGAAGAUCCCAUUGAAUCAUUUGUACAAAUUGUGCUUGAAGAACCUGAUAAUCGCCCGCCAGUCAUUUUACCCUUAUCGUCAUCAAGGCGAAGUUCAAUGUCGCGACAUCGGCAUCGAAGUCCAUCGCCAUCGACCUCUUUGUCGACACAUGAACAACGAUCAACUUCAGAGAGACCAUUAACUGAUACGAAAUCAUUACCAGUAACAGAAUUAUUCAAUUCAUUGGAAAUUUAUAGUCGUCCACCUGAAAUUAUCGAACCUAUGGAUUUUUCAUUUCUUGAGCCGGUGCUACGAGGCGAAAGUGCUGCUCCACCUUCUCUACAUAAUACAUCAAAUAAGAACGCAACAACUGGUUCUCGCUUUUGA